CAGGGAGAGACCUGGACUGGCCGUCUGACGCAUGCGCGAUGCUGCAGGAAGGGGGCGGCAGUCCCGUUGGGUCUGCCUGCCAGUCAUGGCGGUGACACGGAGAGGUGGGGAAGAGGGGGUGUGUGCUUUUCCCCUCUCUGAGUGGCUGGGAGGCGGACUUUAAUGGGAUUGCUAACCUAUAAAGUAACACUCUGUUGUUUCCUCAGAUCUGCCCCUUUAAACUGGAACAGCGAGCAAGGCGGUCUCGCUUUGCCUACCAACAGACGGGAGGAUAACAAACGCCCGGAAAGAAAAUCAAAGAAAAUAAUUUUAAAGAAAGAAAGGGGAAAGUGCGGGAUCAUUGGGCAGCCCCAGUAUUUGUUAUAGUGAGACAGCAGAGUGUAGGACGGAGUCCCGGGUCGUACGGGUAGCGGCGACUGGGGAGAUUCACGCUGCGAAGUGCAGCACAUUUAUUUUGUAGUUUUUCCUUACUGUGCUUUAUUUUCCCUGUUUCUUUUUGCCUUUUUCGUUUGUUAUAAUUUGUGAGCACCUGCGAGUGCGGGACUGCAGCUGAGUACCCUGCCGUGGUAUUCCCCGUUGGUUCUGGAUACCAUAGCUGGUAGCCAGACCACGGACCACAAGCGCCCUCUACGGGCUCAACGAAAUCGGUACACCUCACCAGAGUACCAAAAGAAAAUAAUAAAACUGAGCACCUGUGUGGUGUUGUCAACUACCAUUUCUGUCUCCCGUGUCAGUGAAUACCCGCACCCUCCCACACGUGGUGUCAGAAGUGGGAUUCACUGGCACUGCCCAAACAAAGCAGUGCACCCACCAAAGGAGAAGGAAUGGAUGCCGUCCAAUUUGCGGCCAUGAUGGACCUCCUGCGCCAGACCCUAACUGCUGCGGUGCAGGGGGCUGCUCGACCGGCAGGUCCUGACCCCAGGUUACAGAGACCCACAAAGAUGACAGCCGAGGAUAAACCCGAAGCCUACCUGGAGGUGUUUGAGGCCAUGGCGACCUCGGCCGGGUGGGCUCAGGCACAAUGGGCCAGCUACCUCUUGCCCCAGCUGACGGGAGAGGCACAGGCAGCAGCGAGAACGCUAUCCCCUGAGAGGAUGAUGGACUACCCCGCGCUGAAAGCGGCCAUCCUUAACCGCGUGGGGGCUACCCCAGAGGGGUACCGGCGAAAGUUCCGGGAGGAACGGUUCUCCGCAGAGGAGCAUCCCAGAACGAUCGCGCAUCGUUUAAAGGAUUACGCCAUGGGCUGGCUGAACCCCGACGCGAGUACCAAAGCCAGGAUAGUGGAGGUGAUCGUGGUGGAGCGCUUCCUGGAGUGCUUGGCACCGGCACCUCGGCUGUGGGUGCAACGGCAGGCACCUGCCACUCUAGAUCGGGCGGUCGAGUUGGCGGAACAGUACCAGGCAGCAGAGCCAACGCCAGCAAGACUGCCUGGAAGGAGUACAAUUGCUGUAUCACCCCCUCCACUGGCCCCGGAGAAGGCGAAGGGACUGGGGGGAAGGGGUAGACAGGUAUUUGGACGGGGGGUGUCGGCGGGAGCUCCCGGCCCGGGAACUGGGGCAGGGUGGGGUUACCCACGGGCUGCCGCGGUGUCGGACCGGGGUCUCGCGCGGCCACCUUACCGUCGAGCCCCUUUGAUGGCUCCAGUGUUUCCACCCCUUGUUGAAGCUCCGGGACGAGAAACCAGCCCACCAAGGUGUUGGACGUGCAGGGAGGUGGGCCACAUCGCGCGGGACUGCCCCGUGAUGGAAUGUGACCUCAGCCGACCAGGUAAGCAUGUUCAAUUACCUCAGUCACUCCAGCAGACGGGUUUUGUUAUUCCUGUAACCGUGGAUGGUACACAAACCCAGGCGCUCCUGGAUUCAGGGUGUGGUCAGUCCCUAAUACAGGAUAGCCUAAUCUCACCGGGGCAUAAACAAAUAUUGGGUCGGGUGCAUAUUAAAUGUAUUCAUGGGGAUGUACGCUCUUAUCCUAAGGUUAGCAUAACGAUGAAAAUUGGCCAGCAGAUGACACAGGUGCAGGUGGGGUUGUGCCCUCGAUUGCCGGUCCCGGUAGUUCUGGGACGGGACUGUGGGCAAUUCAAAAGUUGGUUGGCUGCCCUGACGGCCCCGUCCUCCCUAUUGGCUAAGAAAGAGGAAGUAAUUGGAGAGAUCUUUCCCUUUCGCGACCCGGAGUGGUUUUGUCAUAAAUUUAAACCCCGUAAAACUAAACGGGAGCGCCGGGCUGCUAAGAAUGAGGGCUGGCAGUGGAAGGGGCUUGAGAAGUUUCAGGUGGGGGCGAUUGGUGAAGAGUCUGGGGGGGAGACCGCGGAGCCAGCGCAGGGGUCUGGUUCGGCUGCCUCCGCUCAGGACCGACCUGAUCCCGAGCUGGAAGCCAUGGGAGCUGAUUUUUUAGCUCGUUCCCGUGACUUCCGACUCGAGCAAGGGCGUGACGACGUGCUGGGCAGGCUCUUUGACCAAGCAGCGGUGGUUAAUGGUCGGGUGGUCGAGCCCAGGCGCGCCGCCACGUACCCUCACUUUGAAAUCGCUCGAGACCUCCUGUACCGUGUUGACAAAUUGCCCCAGACCGGGGAAGUGCGUCACCAGUUGCUGAUUCCUCAUCCCUUUAAGGAGGAUUUACUGCGGCUGGCUCACGCUAUUCCUUUGUCUGGUCAUCUGGGUAGGGAUAAGACUAAAGCAAGGCUUGUGUCACGGUUCUACUGGAUGGGGCUGGAUGGUGACGUCAGACGUUUUUGCGAACGUUGUGGGGAGUGUCAGAAGGCUAGUCCUAGAGCCGUCCCACGAGCCCCACUGGUGCCGUUGCCCCUAGUGGAAGCUCCGUUUGAGCGUAUUGGAAUGGAUUUGGUUGGGCCGCUGGAGAAGAGUGCGGCGGGAUACACACACCUAUUGGUCAUUCUGGAUUACGCCACGCGUUAUCCCGAGGCCAUUCCCCUUCGCUCUGCCUCAGCCAAAUCUGUUGCCAACGAGCUUGUGAAGGUCUUUUCCCGAGUAGGGAUUCCCAAAGAAAUACUAACCGACCAAGGCACCAACUUUAUGUCCCGACUAAUCCGCGGAACAUGUAAACUUUUGGGGAUUAAGACCAUUAGGACCUCGGUGUUUCAUCCUCAGACCGAUGGUCUUGUGGAGCGUUUUAAUAAAACCCUUAAGAACAUGUUGCGCAGAUUUAUUAAUAGUGAUGUGCGUUACUGGGACCAGCUGAUUCCUCCCCUUCUCUUUGCGAUCAGAGAGGUACCCCAGGCUUCCACGGGUUUUUCGCCAUUCGAGCUGCUGUAUGGGCGAAGACCCCGGGGUGUGCUCGAUCUGGUCCGAGAGAUGUGGGAGGAACAGCAGGACAAUUCGACUAAUACAGUCCGGUAUGUGUUGGACCUGCGCAAACGUCUUGAGUCUGUGGGAAAAUGGGCGCAUGACAAUUUGCAGCAGGCUCAGCACAGACAGGAGACGCAAUACAACCGAGGAGCCCGGUUGCGCACAUUUCAGCCGGGGGAUAAAGUACUUCUAUUAUUACCCAGUUCUGAGUCGAAACUUCUGGCUAAGUGGCAAGGACCCUUUGAGGUUACACGCCGGGUUGGGAAGGUGGACUAUGAGAUCUGCCAGCCGGAGCGACGGAGAGAGAAACACAUUUAUCAUAUAAACCUCUUGAAGCCCUGGCUGCAACCGGAGGCAUUGGUAGUGGCGCAGGCAGAUGACGUCACAGACCUGGGACCUGAUCUUUCUGUGGUGGCGAAAACAGGGUCGGUACAGAUUGCAGAAAAUCUGACACCAACACAGAAAUGUCAGGCUCGGGCCCUUGUGACGGAAUUUCCUGAUGUGUUUUCUCCCGUCCCGGGCCGGACUCGAGUAGCCCACCAUCACAUUGAGACUGAGCCGGGGGCGCUAGUUCGCCAGAGGCCGUACCGCAUACCUGAGCGCAAGAGACAGAUCUGCCCCUUUAAACUGGAACAGCGAGCAAGGCGGUCUCGCUUUGCCUACCAACAGACGGGAGGAUAACAAACGCCCGGAAAGAAAAUCAAAGAAAAUAAUUUUAAAGAAAGAAAGGGGAAAGUGCGGGAUCAUUGGGCAGCCCCAGUAUUUGUUAUAGUGAGACAGCAGAGUGUAGGACGGAGUCCCGGGUCGUACGGGUAGCGGCGACUGGGGAGAUUCACGCUGCGAAGUGCAGCACAUUUAUUUUGUAGUUUUUCCUUACUGUGCUUUAUUUUCCCUGUUUCUUUUUGCCUUUUUCGUUUGUUAUAAUUUGUGAGCACCUGCGAGUGCGGGACUGCAGCUGAGUACCCUGCCGUGGUAUUCCCCGUUGGUUCUGGAUACCAUAGCUGGUAGCCAGACCACGGACCACAAGCGCCCUCUACGGGCUCAACGAAAUCGGUACACCUCACCAGAGUACCAAAAGAAAAUAAUAAAACUGAGCACCUGUGUGGUGUUGUCAACUACCAUUUCUGUCUCCCGUGUCAGUGAAUACCCGCACCCUCCCACA